GUCGUGUUCCGGUGCCCGAUGAGCGAUUCGAUUACCUGGUGGACUACCACAAGCCGGCCAGGUUCACCAAAAAUGCAAUCUUCAACAAAAAACCCUAAUGGUUGUUUUAAAAACUGUAAAGAAUGUUUGAAGACUUCGUGGAUAAGUAUUAAACAGGCCUUUUGUAUAUGUAAUUUAAGUGCAAAACUGUUUCUAAUUUUACCUUGUUAUUUCAGCCAUCGGUUCCACUGUGCCUUGUGUGUGUGUGUUGCCUGCAAAAGUUUUUUGCGUGAGCCCCACAACUUUUCCUAUGAAAUGUGCAAAAUUACACACUCCUCCGGCCAAGAAACGAGCCGACAAAAAUAUUUGGAAUGUUUUAUUAGCUCAAAACUAGCCAAAAAAGGGGGCGUUGUGUAAUGGUGUAAUGGUGAAAUGGAGAAAUGGAGAAAGGCAAUUGCAGUGGAUUUGUAGUUAAUUAAAGUGUAAUGUCUGCCCAUGUACGGCUGGAUUGGAUUGGAUUGGCUGGUGGAAGAAGCAAAGAAAAGUCAGCAGGCGGGUGCCAAAACGUUGACAAGGCCCAUCAGAGGAGCGUGAAAUAUGACCACUUUAGAGUCCGGCCAAAUGGCCCCUUUGCCGUCGAAAUGCUCGGUCCUCGACGUCCGUCAACAAAGGGGCCAAACACAAAUCAUUCGGCAUACACCAAGUCGGAAUAAUGGCGAUUUGCAGUACUUGGCCGUGCAAUUACGCAGAAUGCCGUUUGCCUUUUAAGUUGCAUAUUGUUCGGCGAUCGGAGGAGCGGCAAAGGCGGUGGAAAAGCGUGGAAAAGCGUGGAGAAGCGCGGAAAAGCGCGGAAAAAACGGACGUUAAGCAGUGACAGUGGCAGUAAGUUACGGGCCAAGUUUCGCCGGAGUCGCCUUGUCGCUGGCGCAACUGGCAUAACUCAGAGCUGAUGAAAUAUGGAGCUGCAGCAGGUCCUCUGCUGCACACUGCUCCUGCUUUUGGCCCGGAUGCAAGUUCUGCUCGCCGUCAGUUGGGAGGAUUGGUGGACAUACGAUGGCAUCUCAGGUCCUGCCUUCUGGGGCCUCAUCAAUCCGGAGUGGUCGCUCUGCAACAAGGGUCGUCGCCAGUCGCCGGUGAAUCUGGAGCCACAGCGCCUGCUCUUCGAUCCCAACCUGAGGCCCAUGCACAUAGACAAGCACAGGAUAUCUGGACUGAUCACUAAUACGGGUCACAGCGUCAUCUUUACGGCCGGUAAUGACACGGUGGCCAACUACGACGGCAUGCAAACGCCGGUGAAUAUUUCGGGUGGGCCGCUGUCGUACCGCUACCGCUUCCACGAGAUCCACAUGCACUACGGCCUCAACGACCAAUUCGGAUCGGAGCACAGUGUCGAGGGGUAUACGUUCCCCGCGGAGAUACAAAUAUUCGGCUACAAUUCCCAGCUGUAUGCAAAUUUUUCAGAUGCCCUCAAUCGCGCCCAAGGCAUUGUGGGCGUCUCCAUUCUGCUGCAGCUUGGUGACCUUUCGAACCCGGAGCUGCGCAUGCUCACCGAUCAGCUGGAGCGCAUUCGCUAUGGCGGCGACGAGGCCUUUGUGAAGCGACUCUCCAUUCGCGGACUACUGCCGGAUACGGAUCACUACAUGACUUACGAUGGAUCGACAACGGCGCCGGCCUGCCACGAAACAGUCACUUGGGUGGUGCUCAAUAAGCCCAUCUACAUUACAAAGCAACAGCUGCAUGCCCUGCGCCGCUUGAUGCAGGGCAGUCCCGACCACCCGAAGGCGCCCCUGGGCAACAAUUACCGGCCGCCCCAGCCGCUCCUGCACCGCCCCAUCCGCACCAACAUUGAUUUCAAGUCGACGAAGACGAACGGCAAGGCCGCCUGCCCCACCAUGUACCGCGAGGUCUACUACAAAGCGACCAGUUGGAAACAGAACUAAAAGUCAGUGACGUGAUGGCGCAGCGUAACGCAUCGUAAGCGUAUGACGUAAGUAGCGAGCGACGUGCAACAGGAGCUUCCACUAAACAUACAUAUACACGAAAAGGACACGGACAGGAUGCAGCAAAUUGCAAGGCAGAAAAUAUGGAGGACAUGAAAGAACAUGACCUCAUUGGAAUCAGCGCAGCAGCAGUGGCCAAAAUUGGCGAUCGCAAAUACACAUAUACAUAUAUACAUAUAAAUAGGCAGAGGAAUAACAAAGAAAUAAUAUGGAUAGCGAUUACGAUUACGAUAACUAGCAUUAAAUGUGCAUUUUUUUGUCUCCCCCCCAAAAAAAAUCAAUCAGAGGUUAUUUUUUUUUGUGUGUGUGCAUAGCGUAAGUACAAUAACGAUAACAAUAGCGAUGACUAGUAACUAUAAUUACCCACAUUACCAUUAACGCCAUUCGUAAAACCAAAAAAAUACUGUAUAUUUAAGUUGGGCCGGUGAAAAUAUCAAAAUAAUAUACAGAAUACGAGGCAUUAUGAAAAACCCACCCAAAAAAGGACAGACUUUAAAUUCACGCCCAUAUCGGUGGAUAUAUAAAAACAGUUUGUUUAUGCCCCCCAAAAAUGUGUAUAGAGCGGCCUCAGUUUGUGUGUAUGUGUGUGAAUUAGCUAAUAACAUUAACAAUAAUCAAGUGCUAAUCUAUAUGAGCACAUCGAUGUGAAAAAAAUAACCACAACUCUAUAAAUAUUUAUUGCCGGUUAAUUCGAUUCAUUUUUUUUUCAUGGUUUUAAGUUUCAGUCUAAUACUUUAAAUGAGCGUGUAUAAUUCUAACACUUUUAGUUCUUAGCAUUAAAUUAAAAAUAUAGAUAUUUGCUUUUCACCAAAAACAAGAUAAACAUAAAUGUGUUUAUUAUAUUUAUCAU